UCUUCCUUCUACCAUUUAACAAUGAGCUAAACGUUCAUAGGGAUAGCAGUAUUUCAGUAAUAAUUUGGCCAGUGAUUAAUCACUGUAAAUUUUUCAGUAAUUCUUAAUAUUUUAUUUUCUUAAGGGAACUCUUAAGAAAAUCUACUUUAACGACCUAGGAGUAAACUACAAAGCUUAUUAAGAAUUUAGUUUACAAGGAGGUUACUUUGGCAAAUUGAUCUACUAACAUCAAAGGCGAUCAUUAGUGAACAUCGGACACCACGAGGACUUACAGCUAAAACUCGUGCAUACUGGUGGUUUUCGAAAACGCUUCUUGCUCCGUGUAUUCUACAAACUAAUCGUAUUCGCUUGCGUCUCGAUCUUUAUCUAUUUUGUUCUUUUUUCGUUCUACAACUUCAAAUUUCUAUCUGAAAAAUGUUGAUCGAAAAAGAAAGGAUUUUGCUGCUUAUGUAUCGAGGGUUUGGAGACCGUGUUAGAUCAUAUCAGGAAGUAGCUGAUCUCUUCAAUGCUACACAUCCUGAUCGCAACCCUAUUUCUAAGUCUACUGUUCAGUACACAGUGACAUGUUUUUUGGAAACUGGAAUAGUUCAAGACCGACCUCGUAGCGGAAGACCAAAAUCCGCAAAAAAUGAUGAUAUGAGUUUGGAUGUUUUGCUGUCAUUUCAAGAAAAUCCUCAUACAUCUGUGCCAAGAACAGCGCAAGCCCAUGAUAUCAGUCAAGAUGAAGCUAUGUUCCCAAAUAAACGGUUCUGUUAAUCGUCACAAUUGCAGAUACUGGAGUGAUGAAAAUCCACAUUGAAUGAGUGAUCUUCGCACACAGUAUCCACAAAAAUUGAAUGUCUGGGCAGGAAUUUGCAGUCGCGGUAUUAUUCGUCCAUUUUUGACAGACGGUAAUUUGAAUGCGGAAAAGUAUGAAAAUUUAUUACGAGAUCAUAUUAUAGCCGACAUACGAAAUAAAUUUGACGCAGACAUGCAACAUGUUUGGUUCCAGCAAGAUAGAGCACCGCCUCAUUACGCAAUAAGAAGUCGAGAAUUUCUGAAUCGUUCUUUUCUUGGUCGAUGGAUAGGUAGGAGGGGUGCUAUUGAGUGACCUGCUAGAUCACCUGAUUUGUCUCCUCUAAAUUUUUUUCUUUGGAGAUAUCUCAAAAACAAGGUUUAUGCGACAAAACCACGUAAUUUGGAAGACCUUAGCAAUCGAAUAAUGCGGGAAGCAUCUCUCAUCAUUUUAGAACAAAUAAACGAUGUGUUCAGUCAUUUCUAUGAACAUUUAGCUCAUUGUGAAAUGGUAG